AUGGAAUCGUGCGUAGCUGCUUUCCGCACUGCGUUGAAGUACUAUGCCAAGAAGGCCUUGCUGGACUGCGAAGAGGUUAGUUUUGGUCCCGAGUUCGAAUCCCCCCAGAGGUAUUUUUAUCAGGCCGGCGAUGCAGGCCGCGGUGAGUGGGUAAAAGGCGUUACUGCGGCCCAGUGUGCCCUGAUGGUGAAUAUGAUAAUGUGGGUCCGCAUGGUAGAGCGAGCCUUCGAUGCAUAUAACGAGGGGGACAAAGAAGCUGUGCAGAAAUCUUCGCAGCGCGUGUCGGAUCUUUUGUUGGAUUUGAUUCGACUAACCCAGACGGCCUUGGAUAAGCCUCAGCGUAUGAAGGUUAUGUGCAUGAUCACUCUAGACGCCCAUAACAGAGAUAUCACCGAGAAGCUCGUUCAAGAGGCUGUGAUUACUCCUGAUGCCUUCCAGUGGCAAGCCCAGUUGAAGGCCUAUUGGGACGUAGAGGCCGAUGACUGCCGACAGAAAAUCGCUGAUGCUGCCUUCUGGUAUGGUUACGAGUAUUUGGGUAACGGCCCUAGACUUGUGGUGACACCUCUGACUGAUCGAAUUUACGUAACUGCAACGCAAGCCCUGCAUUUGAACAUGGGCUGUGCACCGGCUGGGCCUGCGGGUACUGGGAAGACGGAAACGACCAAGGACCUCGCAAAUGCUGUGGCUAAGGCAUGCUUUGUUUUUAAUGCUAGUCCCGAGAUGGACUACCAAACUAUGGGGGCAAUUUUCAAAGGCUUGGCGAGCUCUGGCACUUGGGGGUGUUUUGAUGAGUUCAAUCGAUUGGUCCCUGAGGUCCUCUCGGUAUGCACAGUUCAGUUCAAGGCGGUCUGCGAUGCUGUGAAGGCUAAGCUGAAGGUCUUUGUUCUGCAAGGGGACGAGAUCACUCUGGACCCGUCCUGUGGUGCGUUCAUCACUAUGAAUCCUGGCUAUCUUGGCCGUAGUGAGCUCCCGGAGGGUCUCAAGGCCUUAUUCCGACCAAUCACCGUUAUGGUACCGGACUUCGCGCUGAUUAUGGAAAACAUGUUCAUGGCCGAGGGCUUCCUGGAGGCGAAGAUUUUGGCUAAGAAAUUCUCGACACUGUAUUUCCUGUGUCAAGAUUUGCUGAGUAAAGCCCCUCAGUAUGAUUGGGGAAUGAGAGCUAUUAAAUCGGUGUUG